CGGCACGGAGUCUGCUGCUUUUUCUCUCUCAUUGUGAAGUUUUCAACGUGGGAAAAGUGGCCGGGUAUCCAUGGCAGCCGGAGCGCCCUCGGUUCGGUCUCCACGGCGCGCAGGGGGCUGCAUGGCUGAGGUGUCUGCAGACGGCAUCACCCUGGAUCUCUUGAAAGAAGCCAGGGAGACGGUGAGGAGCAGCCCCCUGGGUGUCCUGGACACCCCCAUGAUCUCCUGGUGCCAGACCGCCCUGCCCCUGAGCAUCAGCUGCAACAUCCACAUCAAGCUGGAAAACAUGCAGCGAACCGGCUCUUUUAAGAUCAGGGGAGUGGCCAAUCAGUUCGCCAGGAGACCAAGGGGAGGCCACUUUGUCACCAUGUCUGCGGGGAACUAUGGGAAAUCUUUCGCCUACGCCUCAAAACACUAUGGGUCAAAGGGGAAGGUGGUGAUGCCGGAAACUGCCCCGGAGUCCAGGUCCGCCCUCAUAAAGAGUUUUGGAGUAGAGGUGGAGCGAGUUCCUACGUCCUGCCUGAUGAACGUGGUGAACCGCUGUGUGCAGGAGGAAAACAUGACCUUCCUGCACUCCUUCGAUGAUGCAGAUCUAAUAGCCGGACAUGCAAGCCUGGGCUUGGAGGUGCUGGAGGCGGUGCCGGAGCCCGACGUGGUGGUGGUGUGCUGCGGUGGAGGCGGGCUGCUGGCCGGAGUCGCUGCUGCCAUCAAACUGUCAGGCUGUGACCAGACCAAGAUCUACGGCGUGGAACCAGAUGGAGCAUGCACCAUGUACAAAAGCUUCAUUGAGAAGAAAGCAGUGGGGAUGGACGCCAAGAGCAUCGCCUCAGGUCUUGCUCCUCCUUUUGCAGGCGAGCUGCCCUACGAGCUGUGCCGGCGUUUUGUGGAGGGGAUCGUCCUGGUGAGCGACGAGGAAAUCAAGGCAGCGGUGGCCACGCUCUACAGAGCUGGACUCGUGGUGGAGCCUUCAGGUUCUGCCGCCUUUGCUGCCGUCGUGAACCAGAAGAUACCCAACCUGGAGGGGAAGAACGUUGUGUGCAUCCUCAGCGGAGGCAACAUCGGAAAAGACGAGCUCGCCCAUUUUCCAGACUAAAAAAACAACAUGCAGCGGCAAGAAAAAAUGUGUGAAUCCUUUUAAAUGAAGGGGUACUCGA